ACACUCCGUCCUAUGAAGAGCAGAACAAGAGUACACGGGAUGUAUCGUGUCAAUUCUUCAUUGAGCUUGUCACUGAAAUUGCGAGUGGGAUAAAAUGAAAAAAGUAAUUAUAGUUGUGAAGAAUUCAUGUUGAUUGUGAAUUAUAGAAACAUUUAUUUUCAUCAAAGGAAUGGACAAUUCUACUCUAUCUUUAUUUAUUGGAAUAGCGAUUUGAUUAGAUAACCUCAAAAAUAGUGGUUAUGAACUUUGCUCACAUGUGUUAGAUAUCUGCUAGUAUAAUAACUCGCGUUAUAUACAUCGGUUCAUAAGGUUCUAGACUUCUAUUGAAUAUUUUAUUUUUUUGUUACUGUGUCUGUACGGAUGAAUGAUACUAUGAAUCUAUCACCGUUAGAAACUUGUGUGAAACUUCCUCUAUGUUUCAAAGAGCUAGAAGAAGUUACCGACAAGGCAAAAGAUUGGCUGCUUAUGCAUGGGGCUUGCAUGAGAUGCAGAGAGCAUUUAGAUAAGGACGAGGUACGUUUCGCUCCCUUCGUCUUAUUGCCAUCGGCUUUUCCACGCAAGGAAUUUGAAAAAGCCAGAAAAGUACAAACAAUUCUUAAUGAAUUGACGCACCAAGUUGCCCAUGAUCACAAUUUCAUUACAGAAACCUUGAAAAGCACAGUUGAAGUCGAUGAUUUCACUGCCAGAUUGUUUGGUAUUUAUGAAACUGUGCAUGCCGAAGGCUUCAAGCAGAGUAUCAGUUUAGGAUUGCUGCGAUCCGAUUACUUGCUGCAUAAUCUACAUGAAACCAAUAUAAUGCAAGUUGAAAUGAACACUAUAGCUUCUAGCUUUGCUGGCAUAGCAACUACUAUCACACAUUAUCACAGAUAUAUUUUGAAAGAAUUGGAAUGUGAAGACAAAUUGAAAAAUAUUCCUGAAAACCAUGCGCUGUCUGGUCUUUGCGAAGGUUUAAUUGAGGCGUGGAAAUUAUACAAUAAUAAACGAGCUGUUAUAUUAUUCAUCAUUGAAGAUACAACGAUUAAUAUAUGUGACCAAAGGUUUCAUGAAUUUCUAAUUCGCGAGAAGAAUUCGUCUAUAAAAGUUAUUAGGAAAUCUUUAGGACAAGUAGCUUCUGAAGCACAUCUUAAUCAAAAUCAAGACUUAAUUGUUGGAAAUUCUACAGUAGCUGUAGUAUACUUUCGUUCCGGUUAUGAACCAGCACAAUACCCUACAGAACAUGAGUGGUCUGCUAGAUUGAUGAUAGAAAGAUCGUCAGCCAUUAAAUGCCCUUCAAUCCAAUAUCAUCUAGCUGGAACAAAAAAGGUUCAACAGGCAUUAGCUGUAAAGGGUACAAUUGAAAAAUAUUUUAAAGAUAGGAGUAUAGUGGAAAAGAUAAGAACUGUAUUCACUGGACUUUAUUCAUUAGAUUUCGAUGAAAAUGGGGAAGGAGAAAAAGCAGUAACAAUGGCCUUGAAAGAACCAGGAAGAUUCGUACUAAAGCCGCAACGAGAGGGGGGAGGAAAUAAUGUAUACGGGAAAGAUGUGCUCACACAACUAAAAGCUAUGAGGGACUCUAAAGAACGUACAGCAUGGAUACUUAUGGACCGCAUCCAUCCACCACUGCAAGAAAAUUAUUUAAUCCGCCCAGGGAAUACAGAUGAGCUUAAAACACAAAAUCUUGUGUCCGAACUUGGGAUUUACGGAGUUAUUCUUGGCGAUUCAAACGAGGUAAAAAUUAACAAACAGGUCGGCCAUGUCCUGCGAACAAAACCAGCGAGUUCAGAUGAAGGAGGCAUUGUUGCAGGUGCAGGAGCUCUCGACAGCCCUUACCUUGUGCAAUGAAAUAUUGCAAAAUUUUAAGAUACGUAUCAGAAUGCAAGAGUUAUUAAUAAAUUCACGAAACGACGAUAAACACAAAUUGGAAUAGGAAUAGAAACGGUAGAACUUGGCAUUAAAUUCAGUGUUAUGUGUACAUCAGUUUUAGUAAUAUUUGCACAAACAAAGAGCUGAUUUAAAUAAGGUUCAAUUAAAUGAUCAAAUUCAGCGUUCAAAUUUUUCUGGCAAAUAUUUGUGAAUAAUUUUAUUCAAGUCAAUAAUCUCUUUAUUACCAACCAUUCAUUGUUUUCAUUGGACUUAAAAAUGUACACAAUUGUAUUACAAUUAUCGUUGUUGUUAUUGUUAUUACCGUUAGUAAUUGAUAACGUAACACAUAGUUAUUUGCGCACAAGGCUUAAUUCAAUUCACGUUUAUAAAACAAACAGAGAAUUGGCUGUUAAAUAAAAAUGCAUAUUUUUCGAAAGACAGUUAAACAUCUGUAUUUUUAUAGAUUAAAUGAUAAUUAUCCACGGGACACGCGAAAAAUGAAUUUUAUCGGUGUAUCUCGGUUAUAUGAAUACGUUAUAGGUAUGUAUGUAUAGUAGAGUGUUUCAUUUUUAAAAGAUUUUAGAUUUUACUGUGGGCUCAUGCAGUAAAUUCUUUCUUCUGGUUUACAAAAAAACUUCAAAAAGACUGAGAAGUUCAGCACCAGUUUUAAGGUGUGCUAAUGUCGAUGUUCCCUUUUCUAGUCUAAUCGUUUUUUCACACCCCAAAACUAGUGCUACAUUGCUCAAUCUUUUCAAGGAUUCUUUUUAGAUUAGAUGCAACGAAUUUUUGCAUACGCCAGUAGAAAAAUCCAAAUUUUUUCAACUGUGAUACACCCUGAUGUAUAGGUUUAAGUAGCGGAGUUUUAUUUUGUUGCCUAUUGUAAAAAGAAAAAUCUUCUGAAUUUACUUUAAGGAAUCCCAGUUUAAUAUGAACUAUCCAUGGAUUCAAUUAACAACGGCUUUUGCAUUUAUAUUCAGCAUAUAUAACUCAUUAAUUGGACACGGAUGUCCUACAAAAUAUUAUAUAAAUUAUAAAGUGUUACCUGAACUGGUACUACAUAGGGGUAAUAAAAAUAAAAAUAUUCAUGAAUGAUUUUAGCCACGAACACGUUGAUUCGACUGUUGAAAUUCCUUACGCAUGCAUUUGCAUUGGUAUCGAAGAACAGUCGAUCAAUACGACGUAUGUUAAUAGAAUUUUGCUAGAUCGAGCAUGUUCUAAAAAUAUAUACAAUUACUUUUGGUUUUUUAAUGGUUAAUGACUUCAUUUUGAUAUUUUAUUAACGAAAAUAAAGUGAAAUAUAUAUUUACAAA